UAUCGUCUGCGGGCUGAUUUUCGGAUUCUUUGUUUGUAAUUUAUGUGCGCAAAUUAGUGUUAUUCCCUGUUUGAUGUGUGUGCAAAGUAGUUUCAGCUUUUCUUCCAUCAAAUACGAACCGAGACCGGAAGUGAAUAAUCCACACUGAUUAGCCUACGCGCGACGUUCUGCUGUGCUUGCAAAAGUUCGCAAAGAAAAACGGUGUCAGCGCAAAAUAGCACACCCAUUCUUCGGUCCGCGGCGGCUCGAUGACCUGAUAACAGCGGAUCGAUGCUGCUGUUGGCGGUGGUGGCUGCGAGAUGCUGCAAACGCUGGCCCUGCGCUGGUUCCGUCGGUACAAGGUGUUCUUCGCGAUCGGACUGCUCAUCGUGGGGGCGCAGAUAUUUCUCGCCUAUAAGCUGCUGAAGAUUCCCGUGUCCGGCAGCGGUAGCGACGAGGAGCGGGACCUUAGCAAGAAAUUGUACGAGAAGUAUGUCAAGAAGGCAGCCGGCUCCAAUCUGUCGGCCGACGACGAGGAUCCGACCGGGUCGCAGCAACAUCCGCUGCCCGCGGUGGGUGGCAAUGGCGUGAUGAAGGGGGCCACCGCUGGUGGGCAGCGCGGAGACGGACGGAAGGAGGCUGGGCGAUCGGUACUGAAUUUGAGCGAUUUGAGCUUUGUGCCGGCUUGUGAUAUUUACAGCAAGGAGACCAUUUCGGCGAUUCAUCGUGCGAGCAGUCAGGCCUGCAAAAAGCAGAUUGCCGACAUCGGUUGUGCAAUACUGGAGGGGACGUUCUACCCGAGACGGUUGCCCAACUAUUGUCCCAAUGGGGGGCAUGUGCCCAAUAGGGCACUGGGAUGUUUUCAGGAUGAGAAAAAUUUCCGGAUUUUAUCCGGUUACUAUACGAAUUUUAAAACGAGCAAUUCACCGAGGCGAUGCAUUCAGCUGUGCUUGCAGUCCGGAUUUUUGUACGCCGGUGUUCAAUACUCAAGCGAGUGUUUCUGCGGUGACGAUCCACCGAAAACGUCUGCGAAACUACCCGAUUCUAGUUGUAAUAUGAAAUGUUCCGGCGAUCCGCGGCAAGCGUGCGGUGGUUACUUCACCGUGAACAUCUACGAAACCGGCAUUGCUAAAUUUAGUCCACAAACGACGGAAAUUACCCCAAAAGCAGGGGAAGAGUCAGCCAGAAUUGCAUUUUUAUUAACCUUAAAUGGACGGGCUUUGCGGCAAGUUCACCGUCUGCUCAGGACCCUGUACAGUCCAAAGCAUUAUUACUUCAUUCAUGUUGAUUCGCGCCAGGAAUAUCUCUUCCGUGAAUUGCUCAAAUUAGAGGAACACUUCCCGAACAUUCGUCUGUCUCGCAAGCGUUGGUCCACGAUUUGGGGCGGUGCAUCUCUGCUGCAGAUGCUGCUUUCGUCAAUGGAACAUUUACUGAAAGAAACGCCCCACUGGAAGUGGGAUUUUGUGAUGAACCUGAGCGAAAGUGAUUUCCCCGUUAAAACUCUGGACAAGUUGGUACGUUUUCUGAGUGCAAAUCUAGGGAAGAACUUCGUCCGAAGUCACGGACGGGAGGUGCAACGGUUCAUCCAGAAGCAGGGUCUGGAUCGAACGUUCGUUGAGUGCGAUAAUCACAUGUGGCGAAUCGGUGAUCGAGCUCUGCCUGCCGGUGUGCAGAUUGACGGCGGAAGUGAUUGGAUCUGUUUGUCGCGUGACUUUGCUCGGUACGUGACGGAAGGUCGAAAGGGAAAUGAACUGAUCGAGGGACUGCUGGUGAUUUUCGGUCAAACCAUACUGCCAGCGGAAUCGUUUUUCCAUACGGUUCUGCGAAAUUCCGAAUUUUGCAAUAGCUAUGUGGACAAUAAUUUACACGUAACCAACUGGAAGCGGAGGCUCGGUUGCAAGUGUCAGUACAAACAGAUCGUAGAUUGGUGCGGCUGUAGUCCGAACGAUUUUAAGCCGGAAGAUUGGGCCAAACUGCAGGGAACCGAAGCGAAGCAGUUCUAUUUCGCUAGGAAGUUUGAGCCGAUCAUCAAUCAGGAAGUUAUUCUGCAGCUGGAAGAGUGGGUGCACGGUCCGUAUCCGGCGGAUUAUCCUAACCUGCAUUCGUACUGGCAGAAUUUCUAUCAUUAUGAGGACCAAAGUGGACCGACGGAUGAAAUAACACUACGAGUCGCUUAUAGCGUUCUAAGAAACAAUGCUAAAGCGCGAGCCAACCAAUUUCAGGAACCCUUCCGGAUACGAGAGCUGAACCAUUUCCUUGAUCACGACAGCUACCGCGGCUUUUUAAUUCUGUACGAAGCCACAGUCGGGGGUGAACGUGUUUUGAUGGAAACGCGAGUUCAGCCUAACAUUUCCGCGCAGGUAUCGAAAUCGGCUCCACUCGGGAGGCGACUCACUCAACUGGAGGUGAGCACCGAUUUUGACCAAAAAGAACAAGUUUCCCGUAACUUCCAAAGGAUAAUUGGCAGCCGAAGUGAGCUGGUGCUAAUCUUCCGGCUAGCCGGUUCUCGUGUAGAGAAAAACACGACCACUUACACACUUUCUGUGUAUUGGAUUGACCCGCUAGGCGAACUAGCGGAUAACGUCGAGCUUACCAUCGAGGAUAACCCUUCCGGUCCGCCGGAAAAUCUCGUCUAUUUCAGUAAGGCUGCCGGCCUUCGUCAACCGUUGAAAGUCGGCAUCUGGACAGCCAAGUUGGUCCACAAAAAGACACUUCUCGGAGUGACUCAAUUUCUGGUCAGUGGCAGUGCGCCACCCGCCGUUGCCGCCGUCGCCAAUCAGACUACCAAAGAGCAGGAACAAGCGCAGCUAGAUAGUUUAGUGCAGCAGUUUUUUACCAUUAAGCAAAGCUGUUGGGUGGGGAAAGGGACCGCCGCAGGUCCACCGAAGGCACACUACGAGCAGCAGUUGCCGGGUUUGCAGCUGUGCAGCGAAUCCAGCUGGAGCAGCCUGGCUCCGGAUCCAAAGAGUGACAUCUACGCCGCAACCGAGAGAAUGCCCGAAGCAGUGGGAUUCUCGUGAGCCGGCUGGAAAGCAUUUAAAUUCGCUAGCGUUAGGUUUAUUCGUUUAUGUCGGUUGAGUUUUCAAAUUUUAUCAAAUGCUAACUUUUAGUUGUGUGCGUGUAGUGUAGAUAAUCGCAAGUUUAAAUGUUUUUUUUUAUUGCAUUUAGCAGGCAGGACAUAAAACGGCAAACAUUGCUUUAGUGCCAUUUGUAAAUUGUAUGUUACUCAAUCUAUUAUUUUCCUGUAGUCGAUAAGAGGCUGAACCAAUAAUCAAUUACUUUUUUAAAGUAAAUAUCAAAUUUUAUUUGCUUUCAGAGUAGGUGUCAUAAAAAAGGCAAAGCCUUAUCAGUCGUUUUCACAGUAAACUCUAUUAUAACAUAUGUAAAAUACCAAAAAAAAAAAGUUUUAAAUCCUGUUAUUACUCUUCUGAUCAAAGUUUCUCUAUCAAAAUUGUAUGCGGAAUUGUCGAAAAGAACACCGCACCCGGGCGGUGUUCGACACUCGAAAGAAUCAUUUCUAUAAACCUGUUCGAUAGUAUUAACCAGUAAACGAGCAUUUCAGAAUUUUCUCUUUCCCCCUAAAAAACGUUACCUUUUAAGACAUAACAUUUUCCUGUUUUAGGUGGUUUUGUUCAUCUCUUAGUUGUAAUCUAAAACCAUAUUUAAAGCAGAUUGAAAAUAAAGAACGAAAAUGUAU